CAUUAGUGUCAACGUGCGAAUAUAACCUAAUUUUUCAUGAUUCAAUAUUGUCCUCUUGCUUGUCGGCGAAAAAUAUUUAAGUUAAAAGGUAUAUGUACAGUUGCAAAGUAAUUUAUUACAAUAAAAAAUCUCUAUACUAGAAUAAAUAAAAAGUGAUAACGUCAUGUCAGAGAUAGAAGAGAGAAAAUUAGAAGAAAGGACCACCAAGGCAGAGAAAGAAGUAAAAGCUAUUGAAGAUGAGUUGGAAAAGAUUUCCAAUGGAGAUCUCAGCUACACGAAAGACCCACAGUUGGAGAAAUUGCUAUCUGAAAAUGAAAAACUCAAACAUCGCUUAGCAGUCCUUGAAAACGCUGUAAAAGCUGAAAGUUUGAGUUCACAAGGCAAAUCUAAUAUGAAAGUUCAAAAUUCUGACGUAAUCGUUAAGAAAGUUUCCAAGAAACGUCCAACGUUAAUAACAGAUAUUAAUUCAGUGGAAGGAAACAUAUGCAUAUUGGAUGAACUUAAGAAUGUGUUUGAAGUUGCUAUAGUUUCCGCUUAUCCAGAUCUGGAGGACCCCCCAGUAGUUAUAACUCUCUCUGGGAACAAUCCCAAGUUUGGUGACUACCAGUGUAAUUCUGCCAUGGCUAUUUCGCAAUUACUCAAGGCUAAAAAUGUUAAAACAAAUCCUAGGGAAGUUGCCAACAACAUAUUAAAUAAGAGUCCUACAUCACCCAUCAUUGAACGGAUUGAAGUGGCAGGUGCUGGUUUUCUGAACAUCUUUAUAAAUAAAAAACUAACUGAACAUGUACUGAACUGCAUUCUUCGUUUUGGAAUUAAACCUCCUCCAGUGAAGAGGGAACGAAUAAUUGUUGACUUUUCUUCACCUAAUGUUGCAAAGGAAAUGCAUGUUGGCCAUUUACGGUCAACUAUUAUUGGAGAUAGCAUUAGCAGGAUUCUCGAGUUUUUAAAUCAUGAUGUGUUGAGAAUAAACCAUCUUGGUGAUUGGGGCACACAGUUUGGAAUGCUGAUAGCACACUUGCAAGAUGAAUUCCCUGAUUACAAGACUCACUCUCCUCCUAUAUCAGAUUUGCAGGCAUUUUACAAAGAAUCAAAAAAGCGAUUUGAUUCUGAUGAGGAGUUCAAGAAGAGGGCUUAUGGCUGUGUGGUGAAGCUACAGUCCGGUCAGCCAGAUUACAUAGCAGCAUGGAAGCUUAUUUGUGAUGUAUCUCGACUAGAGUUCCGGAAGGUUUAUGAACGCUUAAACAUAAAACUCAUUGAUCGUGGAGAAUCUUUUUAUCAUGAAUUAAUGAAAGUUGUUGUAAAAGAGUUAAAAGAAAAAGGUUUUCUCGAAGAAGAUGAGGGGCGAUUGAUCAUGUGGGGAGACCCUGUCAAACGGGAUGGUAUUCCCUUAACAAUUGUGAAGUCUGAUGGUGGCUACACAUAUGAUACAUCAGAUAUGGCAACUAUAACACAAAGGGUAAAAGAAGAAAAAGGCGAUAGAUUUAUUUAUGUAACUGAUGCUGGCCAAAACACUCAUUUUGUCACUAUAGAAGCUUGUGCGCGGCGAGCUGGUAUAUUGAAAGAUGGUCAAAAAAUUGAAAAUGUUGUAUUCGGAGUAGUACUCGGUGAGGAUAAAAAGAAAUUUAAAACAAGGUCUGGAGACACUAUAAAACUUAUUGCCUUACUUGAUGAAGGGCUGAAGAGAGCCUUAGACAAGUUGAUUGAGAAGGGCCGUGACAAAGUUUUAACUCCUGAAGAGCUUAAGUUGGCCCAGGAAGCUGUAGCUUAUGGGUGUAUAAAAUAUGCAGAUUUGUCUCAUAACAGGGUGAAUGAUUACAUAUUCUCUUUUGAUAAAAUGUUAGAUGAUAAAGGAAACACAGCUGUGUAUUUGUUGUAUGCUCUGACCCGAAUCAGGUCUAUCGCCCGCACUGCUCAAGUCUCACUUGACACUUUGUUAGCCGAAGUUGAGAAGACUGGUAUCACAUUAUCUCAUGACACAGAAUUGAAACUAGCAAAGGUACUCUUGAGAUUCCCAGAAGUUAUACUUAAAGUAAGCAAUGAUCUAUAUGUUCAUAGCCUGUGUGAAUAUUUGUAUGAAAUAUCAUCAUCAUUUACUGAAUUCUAUGAUAAAUGCUAUUGUGUUGAGAAAGACAAGGAUGGAAAAAUAGUAAACAUAUUUUAUAAUAGACUGAUGCUGUGUGAAGUCACCGCCCGAAUCAUGGAGAAGAGCUUUGAGUUUCUAGGCAUCAAAACAGUCUCUAAGAUGUAGUGACUAUAAAUAACAUUUGAUCACUAACCAAUUUUUGAAUGUUACUAUUAACCACAAUAUUUUGUAAAAGUAUUAAAGUGUGUUUGUGCGAUUACUAAAAGUAUAUAGGUCUAAGUUAUAUGAAUAAGUAAAGAGAUAGGUUUUAGA